AUGAGUCUUCGCGAAAAGGUUCGCAGAGUAUUUCGUCGCUCGACGAGCGGUUCGAAAUCGAAGGACAACUCCAAUUCCAUCAAGAUCGAGUAUUACAAGCGCCAUGAGAUUCCACCAUCCAAGUUCAAGGGCCCAUUUGACCGCGAGCAUCAAAAGAGUUUAGCUGCAUGGUCCUUUGGCGACGCCCAGGCCGAACGACCCCGUUCCCCAGAUCUUUCUUUGUCCCCUUGCGCAUCUUUGCCCGACUAUUUGAGGCCUCGUGUCCAGGAGGAUAGUGUGGCUCCUGAUGAGGUUCCCUCGCUUGCCCCAGAAGAUUUGUCUGAUGGUAC